AUGGAGAACAAUACUGAAUUUCCGAUUUCUACUUUGAAAGUUGAUUUUGGCUGCACAAAGGGUUGUCCAACUGAUGUGAGCAACAUGUUGCAACAACUAAAGGGAGUGAAAUCUAUUUCGGUUGAUCCAAUUCAAGGGAAGGUAAUAGUUGUUGGCAAUGUAAAUCCCAUGAUGAUAAUCAAACUUCUUCAAAAGAUGGGUAAAAAGGCACAACUUUGGUCUUUUGACAAAGAACCAAAGAAAGACAAAGAACCAAAGAAAAAGACAUCCGGUUCUCAUGCAAAACAUAAGCACUGCUGUUGUGAUGAGAGUAGUGACACUACUGAAACUGAUCAUAAUCAUGGUCAUAAACAUAGGACACAUCACCAUCAAAGAAGCAACAAUAUGCAUGACCAGCAAAAUAACAUGUUUGGUUUUGGUAAUCAACAUGCACCACAUCAACAUGCACCACCACCGCCGAUCAAUGGAUAUCAACACGCACCACCACCAGGAUAUCAACAUGCACCACCACCAAUGGCAGGGUCCAACCACCAACCAUUCUCAGGAUAUCAUAACUAUCCUCCAAUGCAUAGGUACCAACCUCAACAUAUGGCAUCUCAAAUGGCACCACCAAUGUUUCCCGGAUCAAGGCCUAUGCAUGGUUACCAUGGACCGGGUCAGCCCGGAUGGCCAGCUUAUGGAAAUUAUGGCUCAAGAUUUCCAAGUUACAAUCCCAUGAUUCACUACAACAGUUAUGCAGACAAUUAUCGCUAUACUACAUAG